AUGGGCUCCUCAGACAUCUCCUCAUCGUCAGCGACAGCACCGACGACUGAAAAGUCCGUCGCAAGGCCCUACAAAUGCCCCUACGCACUCUGUGGUCGCUCCUUCAGCCGUCUCGAGCAUCAGACACGCCACAUUCGAACCCACACCGGCGAAAAACCCUUUGUCUGCACAUUUCCCCUUUGCGAGAAGCGAUUCAGCCGCUCAGAUGAACUCACGAGGCACUCGAGAAUACACAACAACGACCAUCAGUCCACCGCUGCCUCCAAGGCCAAGGGCUCAGCAAACAAAUCGAAAAACGCAUCCACAGCAGCGGGCGCCGGUGACGAGCUCAUGUUCGAUGGCUCUUACGACCACGCGACGCAACGACCGACAUCACUGUCAUCCGCCAGCGCACGGAUAAAGAAAAAGGCCAGAAGCAGGGCCAACAGUGACGACGAGGGAGAAUCCUACGCUCGUCCUACUGCAAUAGGGUCAUAUGACCAAGUCCAGCCAUCCAGGCGUUCCACAUCCACCACAAAUAUUGCAGCACUACCCACCCAAAAUGGCCCGGCGGUCUCCUCACCGUUCUCUGCCCUUUCCACGGUCGCCAUGGACGAACUCUACGUCCUCGAACGCCAGGAGGCCCUCCGACGAGCUCAAUACGAAGCCCGUCGCGCAGAACUCGAAAACCGCCAGCGCCUACAGCACUACGGUCGUCUGAGCAAAAGCGCGACGACCAGCCCAGUCAUGAAGACCCACCAUCUCAACCUCACACCCGAGGAGAGGAACUACUUUGGGCUCAACAACAUCAGUCACGAACGCGACGGCCAAUUCGCCCGGCCAGUACCACCCCCACUUCAGCUUGACGAAGACGGUCAAAAGUUGCAACGGAAGAGGAGACUCAGCACCCAUGCACCGCCCUCCAACUGGCAUCAACAGCCCGGUCAUUCACAUUUGCUCCAGUCGCGAUCUUCUGGUCACCUUGUCGAGACCAUGAUGAAAACUGGUCACGCAUACAACCACAGUUGGGCAGGCUCUCACCACCCUUAUCUUCCCUCUCACCACCGACGCAUGACCAACAACGGUCAGCCAGAAGAUUCACCGAUGAGCUCGGAUUCCGAACUCCCAACACCUUUCGCUUCUACUCAGCCCAACUCGCCCUUGACCUCCGCAGCCAGCACCACCAACACGAGAAGAAUAUUCUCAUUGCAGUCCACCCCUGUCUCAGCGGACCAUUCUCCACCUUAUCAGUACUCUUCUUCCAUUCGAACCACCAAUGCCGAAUUCCACUCCAACUCUGCCGCCUUCACACCUUCCACAAGUCCCUUCUUGGGGCCCUUGCGGACCCUGAACAUUCACAGUGCCAACCCAAGUAGGGCCCCUUCGCCUGUGCUUCUACCCCCGCCGUCGUUCUUGUCCAGCGCUAUCAAUAGCAAGCUCAGCGCGGAGAGGGAUGGUGGUGUUACCAUCGUGUCUUCCCAAUCAAGACCGGGAAGCACCAUGGGUAGCCCCACAUCUUCAUUCCUGCAUCGUACCAUGUCCGGCAGUGACAAGGUGCCGAGUAGCGGUGCUGGACCCGGGCGUGGCGGCCACAUGUUCCCCCACAACCCUUCCUUUGUGGAGAAGCCGUUGUGGAUGGGUGCUGGCAAUCUGCAUCAUGGACCUGGGGUGAUGACCGGCACCCCCAAUACCGGCGCGACUACGCCGCAGCUGUCGAGUGCCAGCAGCAGUACUGGGAGCAGCCCUCCUUCCGGCAUCGGUUUGGGCGGAAUGCAUGUGGAUAGGACAGCUGGGUCCAGGCCUCCUUCCCCGCCUGCUACUUCUGGAGCCGCAUGGAGCUAUGUCCGUGGAGAGGACCGCGAGCGCGAACGGGAUCGAAGACCUCAACAUCACCAUCUAGCUCACUCUGUUCGCCUGGCCUUUGGUAUGACACCCAUACAUACACCAUCCGUUUCCUCCUCGUCAACUUCCACGCUGGGUCGCGACCGUUCUCGCGAACGUUACCCGCCUCAGCCGACUUCCGCCUCGGGAUAUUCGACGCCGCUACAACCUCUCAAUAGCAGUGUUGGAGGUGGACUUGCGCAUCCUCACCCUACAAGCUUCGGUCACGGUGCUGGUAAGCUCACCAAUGGAACCAUCUCGAUGCCAGGUUCGAGAUCAAACUCGCCUCCGAUUACCUUGCCGCCUCUCAAGAUGCUCUCCACUUCACCGCCCUCCCAGAAGCGCGGCAGAGCACUCGACUCGCUUCCGAGUGACGGACUGUUGUUCAAGGGUAUCGGCAAGCCCGGUGAAGAUUCGGCGGUCAGAGGAGAGGAAGGCCGAGACGGUGCUGGUGUAGAAAGCAAAUCGAAGCGUGAUAGAGAGGUAGGACAGGAGGACGACGCUGAGAAGGAGAAGAUCGAACUACCGCGGUUCAAGGAUUUUGAAGCAGCUGCGCUUGGGCCCCGUUUCCUCGGUGACUCGAAAAUGUCGAUCGAUUUCGUCUGUUGAUUCUCACUUCGCUGUCUCCAUUGUUUUAUGCUCUCAAACUCUCCAUUAUCACUUGUUGUCGACUCAUGCUACCACCCCGCUUUAUCGUCCCCUCUUCAUGCUACCCUUUUUUAUUCUCUGCUAUAGACCGAAGUGACAUCGGAAGACGCCACUUCUCAUCUCCUUCCUAUUCACCCUCUUCCAUUCAUAUUCACGACACAGCGACGAAACACACCAGGUCGCUAAUGAGCUAUUUAUAUUCCAUGACAUAACAUACUAUAGAGUUUUCAACAUCCUUCACCUUGUAAUUUGUCGGUGCGGCUUUCACUGCAUACCAUCCCCACCUUUUUCCGUUUCGCACUACUCCCGGGUGCUUGUACGCACCCCCAUCACAUCCCCAUAGACGUGUUUACCCUUUCUUCCCCGGUUGCAUGCUACCCCUCGCUUUUCAUCCACCCCAUCCCAAUCCCCUUUGUCCUCUUGUACCAUCUUUCCCUUCCUCCCCAUACUCUC